UCCAUCAUCAUUCAUCAACAUAUCUACAGAGCGUGAAACGGCCGAGCAGUUGAAACUAGCCUGAAAUGGCCAGCCCAGUCCCCGCGUGGCGUAUUGGGCGUGUCACUGCGUAGGAAGCGUUGCAGCGAACCCGAGGUAGGAGGGAGCUCUCAGCCAGAGGAAACGGCGAGAAUCCGAGCUGAGAAAAGCAGCCGCGCGAAAAGAAAUACUCCUACCGUACCAGCUCGCUUGCGAAAGGGCACCGCUUUUAAAGCGGAAAGGAAGCAGGCAAGAGAGCAGUCCUCCUUCCAGUCCUCCUCUGCCCGCCUCGCCUCUCUGCCACCUCCUUUCUGCCGCCCACAAAGGAGAGGAAAUUUUCCCUCCUCGGGAUGUGAGUUUCGAGUUCUAAAUUCGUUCUCUCGAGUACUAGUAGCGGUUCAGUAGCAAAGCUCGUCUCCCUCUUGAGCGGGCGCAGUUCAGACUUGAGAGUGUGACCCGCGAGGGAGAAAGAAGCUUUUUUCUGGGGAUCGGAUUCCAUUCCUUGCAGGAGGAGGCGAAGUGGUGGGGAAUCAGUUUGCUAAGCUCGACCAGAGCAAAAGGAACCACCGCGCGUUUCUUUCAGACUCUUCUUUUCCCCUAUACAAUGUACGAGUGAAGUGAGUGAUUGGUUGUUCCUUCCUUCCUCGUGAGGGGUGGUUCUCUUCUUGGUUCUUGCCGCGGAAAAGAGCCAACCGUCCGGAGCAAAUCUUUCUACUUGGACUGGGAGUUCUCUUUGGGCUUGAGUGAGGUGAGGUGCAGUGAAGUGAAGAGCUAUCUCUGUUUCUUGGGAGUUUGCAGCCGGAGGGGGAGAAGAAGAUGGCAGCCGCCCCGCCGCCCAAGGCCGACGAGUUGCAGCCGCACCCGCCCAAGGAGCAGCUGCCCGGCGUGUCCUUCUGCAUCACCAGCCCACCGCCAUGGCCUGAGGCUGUCAUACUAGGAUUCCAACAUUUCAUUGUCAUGCUGGGCACCACUGUUAUCAUACCAAGUGCACUUGUUCCUCAGAUGGGAGGUGGAAAUGAGGAGAAAGCCAGGGUAAUUCAGACGCUGCUGUUUGUGGCCGGCAUAAACACCUUACUCCAAACAUUCUUCGGGUCUUGUCUCCCUGUUGUGAUGGGUGGCUCAUAUACUUUCGUCGCGCCAACCAUCUCCAUCAUCUUGGCUGGACGUUACAACGACGAGGCAGACCCUCGCCAGAAAUUCUUACGGACCAUGAGGGGAACGCAGGGCGCUCUCAUCAUCGCGUCGACGAUUCAGAUCAUCCUUGGUUUCAGUGGUCUCUGGCGUAAUGUCGUUAGAUUGCUAAGUCCAUUAUCUGCAGUUCCUCUUGUCUCACUUGUUGGAUUUGGGCUUUAUGAACUUGGUUUUCCAGCGGUAGCUAAGUGCGUGGAGGUUGGUCUUCCGGAACUCAUUCUAAUGGUCGCAUUUUCUCAGUAUUUGCCUCAUGUGGUGCAUUCUGGAAAGAAUCUCUUUGGCCGGUUUGCCGUUCUUUUCACUGUUUCAAUUGUGUGGCUCUAUGCAUACAUUCUCACUAUUAGCGGCGCCUACAAGAAUGCCAGGCCAAAGACACAGGUGCAUUGCCGUGUCGAUCGUUCAGGGCUUAUUGCAGGAGCUGAAUGGAUAAGCGUUCCUUAUCCAUUUCAAUGGGGGGCUCCAACAUUUGAUGCCGGAGAAGCUUUUGCGAUGAUGAUGACUUCCUUUAUUGCUCUUGUAGAGUCAACUGGAGCCUUCAUUGCUGCUUCAAGGUAUGCAAGUGCAACGAUGAUACCUCCAUCAAUCGUUAGUCGUGGCGUUGGUUGGCAGGGCAUUGGUAUCUUGCUUGACUCAUUCUUUGGGACAGCCAAUGGAACCUCAGUUUCAGUGGAGAAUGUUGGUUUACUAGCUGUGACACAUGUUGGCAGCAGGAGAGUGGUGCAAAUAUCUGCUGGUUUCAUGAUUUUCUUUGCUGUCCUAGGAAAAUUCGGAGCCCUUUUCGCGUCCAUCCCAUUGCCUAUAUUCGCUGGCAUGUACUGUGUUUUCUUCGCAUACGUCGGUGCCUGUGGUGUGAGCCUACUUCAGUUCUGCAACCUGAACAGCUUCAGGACCAAGUUCAUAUUGGGGUUCGCUUUCUUCAUGGGCAUAUCGGUUCCGCAGUACUUCAACGAGUACGCCGCCGUUUCAGGCCAUGGUCCGGUGCACACCGGUGCCAGAUGGUUCAAUGACAUGAUCAACGUGCCGUUCUCGAACAAGCCGUUUGUGGCGGGGCUGGUGGCCUACUUCCUGGACAACACGAUGCACUUGCACCAGAGCGCGGUGAGGAAAGACAGAGGCUACCACUGGUGGGACAAGUUCAGGAGCUUCAAGAAAGACGCCAGGAGCCAGGAGUUCUACUCACUGCCCUUUAAUCUCAACAAGUUCUUCCCUUCGGUCUGAUGAUUAUGAAGAGCAUGUGCAGUUGUUCUCGGUCCCUUGUUACUUCAUGCGCUGGCUAUGGUCCUGCAGUGCCUCGAAAUGUCAAGUUUUUCGGGUGCCGCUGUGCGUCAAUUUUGUGUAUUUAUGGGAGAAAUGGACUGAUUGGACCAGUGGGGAUGCCAUUGCCAUGUUUUGGUUUUGGUUCUGCACGGUGCAGUGUCGCAUAAGCGUAGCCUGUUAGUUUCUCUUGUCAUUCUGGCAAUGUACAUGUGGCUUUCUCAGUCCAGGGAAAACAAUAUCAUCGUCACUAUGGUGACCUAGUGCUAAUUCAUUCCUCGGUAGCUAAAUACUGCAUUCGUUCCUAAGUAUAAGAAAUAAGAAGUUCUAACUUUGUUCAA